AGCUCCGUGCCACGUGCCCCCACGUGAAAAAGGGCGCAGCACGAGUACUGGUCGGGCCAUGGCGAGCGUGGACGAGGGUGGGCGCAGGAAGCCUCGACUGGCAGCGUCGCUGCAGAUCAGUCCUGGACCCUGGAAGCCCUCCGGAGGCCAGGAGCCCGCGGAGGCUGGGAACGAGGCACCUGAGACCCCUGAGCCUGGGGUGGCUAAUGAGCAGGAGGCCCGCGGGGAGGCCCGUAAGGCCCCGGGGGACUCGGUCCUGCGCGCAGGGCCCACAGGCGUCUUCCCUAUGGCUGCCCAGGUACUCAGCCUUCUGCCCAAGGACCCAUCCCCAGGCCAGGCGGUGGCCCUGCUCACCCAGUGCGUGGCUAACCUAGGCAUCUCUCUGACCUUCCUGGAGGACCAGACUACAGGUACGAGCUCCUCAUUCUCCGUGUGUGCAGAACUGGAUGGGUUGGUCUGUCCUGCCGGAACAGGGAGAAGCAAGUUGGAAGCCAAACAGCAGGCAGCGCUCUCUGCCCUUCAGUACAUCCGGAAGCAUCUGGAAAAACCAGAGCCCCCUGUGACACCCCGCCAGUGUCUGCUCACCUCUCUCAGCAUAGAGAGUAUCCUGACCCAUGAGCAGCGCUGUGCAGCUGUGGUCAGUGCCGGCUUGGAACGCCUGCUGAGUGACAGCUCACCGUACCAGACCUGUAAGGGGACAGUGGCAGCAGUCAUCCUGGAGAGGGAGGUCCAAAGCACCAAUGGUCACUCCAAAGAGACCUACGAGCUGGUGGCACUGGGCACAGGCAGCAGCAGCUGUGCUGGCUGGCUGGAGUUCUCAGGUCGAAGGCUCCACGACUGUCAUGGUUUGGUCAUUGCCCGCAGGGCCCUGCUGAGGUUCUUCUUCAGACAGCUCCUGAUGGCCACACAGGGGGGUCCUAAGGGCAAGGAGCGGUCAGUGCUGGCUCCCCAACCUGGGCCCGGGCCCCCCUUCGCCCUCAAGCCCGGGGUCUUCCUGCACCUGUAUGUGAGCAACACCCCCAAAGGGGCAGCCCACGAUAUCUACCUCCCACUGUCCUCAGAAGACAGUGUCCUGCACAGACCAGCCUUCCGCCUGCAGGCCCAUGUCUGUGGGCAGCUGAAACCUGUAUCCUAUGUGGCUCCUGCCCUCCGCGAUACCCAUGUGGGCUGCCUCUCUGCCAGUGACAAGCUGGCACGUUGGGCCGUCCUUGGGCUGGGCGGUGGGCUGCUGGCCCACUUCCUACCUCCACUCUAUGCCACCAGUCUUGUCCUAGCUGACCCCUGCCAUGACCCCCCAACUCUGAACAGGGCCAUUCAUUCCCGGCCUAAACUGGACAGUGACUUGGGGUCCUGUCUUCCCUCUCCGUAUGUCCGUACCACCUUGCACCUGUUUGCUGGGCCCCUGGUGGGCCCCUCUGACCCGGUGCCCAGCACCUGCCGUGGUUUGAGCCUCAACUGGAGCCUGGGGGAUCCUGACAUCGAAGUUGUUGAUGUGGCCACCGGACGCGUGAAGACUGAGGCCAGCACGGGGUCGCCCUCACGCCUCUGCAAAGCGGCCUUUCUUGCCGCAUUCCGCCAGGUCGCCAGCGCUCUGGAGAAGCCCGAACUCCUGUCUCUGAAGACCUAUGAGGCUGCCAAGGCUGUGCCCUACAGGGAAGCUCGUCAGCAGCUCUCUCUCCUUUUGGACAUGCAGGGGCUGGGGGCCUGGCCCUCAAAGCCACUGGUGGGUAAAUUCAGGCACUGAUCAGACUUCGAGGGAAAAGGACCCAAGUGGACUUGGACCUCUUCAGUGGGACAACGUACUGGGGGCCUAGCAAGGGGAGGUGGAGAGCAUGGUGGGUGAGGGCAAGGCUAAUUGGUCGGGGGGGGGCCCUAAAACACCCAAUAGUUGAAGAAUGGAAGUUCUUGUAUGUCUAGUUUGAAUAAAGAAAUGAUUUCU